GGAAACCCAGGUCCAAAGAACUUCUAGGCAAAGCGAGAGCUGAGAGGCACUUCCCGAGACUUCUGCUCACCAUGAAGGCUUUCCUGACUGCAGUUCUGUGUCUGUGCACCCUGGCAGCCUUCUCUGACUGUGUCACAGUCCAGGUGGGAGAGUUCUCAUUCCCCCUGGAGUCUGUGAAGAAGCUGAAAGAGCUCAUAGACAGUUCCGUGACCAGGAAUCCUCAUGUGCUCAGCAUCAGAUCCGCCUCUCUGUGUGCCAACCCUGACAUUCCCAAGGAGUUCCUGAACCUCUGUGCCACACCAGACGCUGACCAGAUAUUUGAGGAUCUAAAACCCAUCGCGAGAUCCCCCGAGCUGUGUGAGAUUUGUGCUUUUGCUGCAUGUGCCGGCUGUUGAAGAGAGGCAUUACGGCAGCACUGCUCCAGCUCCCUCCAUUGCCCUUCAACCUCUGCUUUCUGCUGACCUGAGAAGACAAGAUACGGACACUAUGACUCCCUCCAUCUUCUCGACACCUCUCCCUCAUGCCAGC